AUGAAAGCUAUGAACUCGAAGGAGGCAGAAGAGUCCAAUGAAGGGGGAAACACCCAUGGCGUGCACCAUGGAGGCUGCGCCGACUUUGAAGGCAGUUAUGGUGUCAUUGAUGAGGCGAUAGAGAGCUCAAUGGAGUUAACCCAGACACUAGGCGGCACUGUUGGACUUAAGAAAGGCGACGCCAAUGGAGGCGCCUGCAUGAAGGAAAGAGGGAAAAAGCUGAGCAGCACCAGCAGUGUGCUAGGUGACGCCAGCUGUGUGCCAAACGGGGGUGGAGCCUGUUUCAAUAGUUGCUUCUUUGGUGCUCUAAGCGUUGACUCUAAUGCUGAGAGGAGGGAGGCUUUAGGCAACUCCCGUAGUGGAGUAGGUGGUGCUCAUUGUCUAGGAGACACCAUGGGAGGCGCCCAAGGUGGAGUGGGUGGUGUCUCGGGUUGUUUUGGUAACGUCUCAGGUAAUUUGGGGGCAUUCGGGUUGCUAUCAAUGCCCCAGCUGGCUUGGGCAGUGCCUCGGGUGGUUUUAGCGACGUCUUGGGUCACUUGGGUGACGUUUCAGAUCUCUUGGACGCUGGCAUUGGGUAUUGACCAUACUGGCAUUGGGUAUUGGCCAUCGGGCACUAGCGUUGGGCAUUUACCAUUGGACGCUAAUGCUAGACAUUGA